AGGGCUGUGCCGGAGGCUGUUGAAAGGAAACUUGAAGAGAGAGGGGGGUGGGGGGGAGAGAAAGGGUUGAUAAAACUAACGUCCCUCUCUCUGCGAUCAGAACGCAAUUCUCUGCCAGGCUUUGAAGCUGAAUAGAGAGAGGAGAGAAGCAGGCUUCAUUCAUUAUAGCACCGUUACAGUCGUUCACCAUUACAAAGCGUGGACCUAACAGACGCAAGGUUUUUUUUACCGCAUCUGAGCCUACUUUAGACUUCUGCGGAAAGGUCAGGGUUCUUAAGUCAUAUUUCUAUCUAUCUAUAUAUUGUGUGUGUAUAUGUAUACAUAUUGUAUAUAUAUAUAUAUAUAUUGUUUCGGGCAUACGAGGCAUCGCAUCGUUGGUGGUGACAGAAAGUAAAGGAUCUCUUAGGAAGCUGGUUUCCCAUAGUUGGCUACUCAGUGACAUUCAAUUAUUCUCGGGUUGGGAAACUUGACGGACUAAAUAACGUGAUUUAGUUUGUGUUUGGCGCGCUGGUGGGAUUUUAACUGAAGACGGGAUUCUUCCAUGCAACAGUUUUUUGUAUGAGAUAGCCAUGGCACAACAGACAAGAAACGGAGGGACAUCAUUGAACAACAACAACGGCAUCGAUAACACCAAGAGGAAACUGUUAAUAGGACUUGACCUCUUCUGCUUGCUACUAGCUGGCCUACCCUUCCUGAUUAUAGAAACUAGCACCAUUCAGCCGUACAGGAGAGGUUUUUACUGUUCUGAUGGGUCCAUCCUCUACCCAUUUAAAAACGGAGAUACAAUCAGCGACCCUGUCCUGUGCGCCGCUGGUAUUCUUAUUGCCAUCCUCUCUAUCGUAAUAGGAGAAUGCUACAGGAUUAAUCACCUAAGAGAAGGUUCCAAGUCUUUCAUUGGGAAUCCUUAUGUGUCCUCUCUUUACAAACAGGUGGGAGUGUUUAUAUUUGGCUGUGCCGUCAGCCAGUCUUUUACUGACAUCGCCAAGGUGUCCGUAGGCAGGAUGAGACCUCAUUUUCUGGACGUGUGUAAACCUGACUGGUCCACCAUCAACUGUUCUGAAGGGUACAUCACCUCGUACACCUGUACUGGUCCUGAGAGCAAAGUACAGGAGGCCAGGAAAUCCUUCUUCUCGGGACAUGCUUCAUUCUCCAUGUUUACCAUGCUGUACCUGGCGUUCUAUCUCCAGUCCAGGUUCACGUGGAGAGGUGCCAGGUUGCUCCGCCCCCUCCUCCAGUUCACGCUGCUGAUGAUGGCGUUCUACACCGGCCUGUCCCGCGUCUCCGACCAUAAGCACCAUCCUACAGACGUCCUGGCUGGCUUUGUACAGGGAGCACUGGUGGCCUACUGCAUAGUGUUUUAUGUGUCUGACCUGUUCAAGCCACGUGUGAAGCCUGCUUCGCCCCCUCCCUCUCCCAUCAAGAAGGAGCUCCUCCCCCCCGCUGACAUCAUCGAGCGGAACAACCACCACAAUAUGGUGUGAGACAGGCCCUGCCACUUCUUAAGACCGAGAAGCCUACCACAGUGCUACUCGUAAAUCCCCCAUCAGACAGUAGAAUGUAGUGACCAGAGAAACUGUGGCCAUGUCUCAAAUCACACUCUGUUUCAUAGUGCACUACUUAUCCCACUUGCGGUCCAAAGUAGUGCACUGCUAUUGAAGAUCUGCCCUACAGAGACCACUCCCGCCUUUCAGACUCUUUACUGCUAUUGGAGAUCUGCCCUACAGAGACCACUCUCGCCAUUCAGACUCUUCACUGCUAUUGGAGAUCUGCCCUACACAGACCACUCCCACAAUUCAGACUCUUUACUGCUAUUGGAGAUCUGCCUUACAGAGACCACUCCCACCAUUCAUACUCUUUACUGCUAUUGUUAUAACUACUAUACUGAUGUGAGCCCAAGUUAGAGCAAAAAAAGUUGGAUUUGAAAUUGAAAAAAGACGAAGUUAAAGACAGACGGACUGACAGCAGUGCAGAGCCUCUGAAACCGAACACUUAGUAGCCACACUAUAGGGCAAAAAAGAGCCAAUGAAAAAAGAGAUAUGAAUGUGUCAGUGAAUGAAUGAAUAGAUGAAGGACGGAAA